AUGAAAAACUCUAUCAUUGACAAUUUCCGAAUUGUCGCUUUGUCUCUUAUUUUCAUAUUUGGCACUUUGUUUAACUUGUUUGUCAUCUGGGUUUUCUCUUGUAAAAUGAAGAAAUGGACAGAAACAAGAGUUUAUAUGAUGAGUUUGCUGGCUAGUGACUGCUGCCUGCUUGUUACAAUUCCUCUACGGAUUCACGCUGUCCAGAACGAAUUGCAUCUAACAUCAUCGACAUGCCUCUUUUUUGUGUCCUCUUAUUUCAUGAACACAUACAUGAGUAUCUUUAUAGUCACACUAAUCUCAGUGGACAGAUAUGUAGCCAUAAAGUUUCCCAUGAAAGCGAGAACACUGCGUUCACCUAAAAAUGCUGCAAUAGCCUGUGGGACUGUGUUUCUUUUCUUAUUAGCAAUGCGCAUGUACGUAUGGUUUUCAAAAUUUAAUGAUGAUUUCAAAGAGAUAGUCUGCUUCCGAAUGCCCUUGAAACCCCCAGGUCAUCUCCCUAAAAGCCUUUAUGAUACCAUUUUUAUGUUUUGCAUUCCACUGCUUAUAGUGACAUUCUGUUCUGUGGAAAUUAUAAGGACAUUAAAGAAGAAGGAUGUCAUGUCUACCCAUGAACACAAAAUGAUACAGAAAAGUAUCUAUAUAGUGUGCUCCAACUUUAUCAUUUUCUUGCUUUGCUUCUUGCCAGUGACCAUUGGAAAAAUUGUACGUUUCAUUGUACACCACUCAAACUCUGAUUGCUAUUUGCAAAAAAAUGUUCAUGAUUAUAUUUACGCGGUUACUGUCCUGAGUGACCUGAACUGCUGCCUUGAUGCUGUAAGCUAUUAUUUUGUAGCUACUGAAUUCUGGGAGAAUGCAGCGCUAACUCCAAAACUGAAACUGUUUCAACGAACACGGGAUCAAACUGAAAACACAAGCAUUUAGGAUUAGCAGCUGAAUAAACAUUUUAUACGUAAACAGCUCAUCUAUAGUUGGGGCUUGUGCAAAACAAAGUGAUGUUGCUUAGU